CGCAAGCCGAUGACAAACGGCGUCAGGAAGUCAGUUAGCGGAAGGGCUGAUUUGCACCCAUCGUGGGUUUCAGCCUCCCUUGCCUGUUCACUGAGUUCACCCGACGGAUCUAUUCUUCUGCACUUCAGCAGCCGCGCAUCCUCUCAUUCUCUACAAGCCGAUUUUUCCAUCUGGGAGCUGGACUCAUAGGGUUUGAGGUAUUUUCGGGCAUUGGCUGGCUGUGACGGAGGAGACAGCUAUGGCAGAACUUAGUUUGGGGAUCCUUAUAGAUAUUGUUGAUGAGGAAUGGAUGAGGGACACUCUACCUGAUGAUGAUCUUCCUUUGCCACCAGUGCUGGUUGCUCGGACGGAUGAUACUGAAGACCUAAAUCAAGAGAAUCAACAAGUGGAUGAAAACACUUGGCAUGAUCUUGCAUUAGGUACUCAGUAAGGCUUCACAUUAGAAGUACUUGGCACCUUGUUAUUGAGAGCAUUUGUUCUCAGGAUUUGAAAUGGAUGCCUCAGUCAUUUUUCUGUGUUUGUGUCUGUCAGUCUGCAUGUUAAACUGUUUCUCUCUUUUUUCUGUGUGCAUGUGAAAAUGUUAAAAACAGAGUAACAUUAAUUUUAUGCACAAAUGUUGACAAAACUUGAUUCGAGUUAAUAAGGCUGCUUAUACGUGUUUGAUGGUUAGCGAUAACCCCAUUUCUGGAAAACAAAGUUAGUAAUUGUAUCAUGUUCAAGUAGAUGAAAAGAUAAAUCAACAAUUAAGUA